UGAAUAAGGCAGGUAGAGUUUCGACUCCCCAUGAAAUUUACAUUCUAUGAAAGGGAAAACAGUCUACAAAUCAGCGCGUAGAACAGGAAUAGCAGUGAGUACUCUAAGGAAGCAUCGUAGGGGCGAGACUGGGGAGGGGGCUGCCUUGGAUAGUGCGGUCAGGGUGGGAGGUGACAUUUUGUAUGACGCCUGAGAGAAGCGGCAGCCCGUGGUGCAAAGAGCCUGAACAAACAGUUAAGUACAACGGGAAGGUGACGUUAUCGCAGAAGAGGAGGGUGUGGAAGGAAAGUAGUUGCCACAACGUCCCAGACAUCCUGGAAGGCUCACGAGGAGUGACACAGCCCUUUCAGGGCGUCUGCACCCCGGGUCACACUGGGUCUCUCGCCCUCCGCCGCCUCUGCCUUCCAGGUGAAGCAGAUCAUGGAAGAAGCCGUGACGCGCAAGUUUGUCCACGAAGACAGCAGCCACAUCAUCUCCUUCUGUGCGGCUGUGGAGGCCUGCGUCCUGCACGGGCUUCGGCGGCGGGCGGCGGGCUUCCUGCGGAGCAAUAAGAUCGCGGCUCUCUUCAUGAAAGUGGGCAAGAGCUUCCCACCGGCUGAGGAUCUGAGCCACAAAGUGCAGGACCUGGAGCAGCUGAUCGAGAGCGCGCGAAACCAGAUCCAGGGCCUCCAGGAGAAUGUGCGGAAGCUGCCGAAGCUGCCCAACCUGUCCCCACUCGCCAUCAAGCACCUGUGGAUCCGCACCGCCUUGUUUGAGAAGGUCCUGGACAAAAUUGUGCAUUACCUUGUGGAAAACAGCAGUAAAUACUAUGAGAAGGAAGCUCUCCUGAUGGACCCUGUGGACGGCCCAAUCCUGGCGUCUUUGUUGGUGGGGCCCUGUGCCCUUGAGUACACCAAGAUGAAGACUGCGGAUCACUUCUGGACCGACCCCUCGGCCGAUGAGCUGGUGCAGAGGCACCGCAUCCACAGCUCGCGCCUGCGGCAGGACUCGCCCACCAAGCGGCCAGCCCUCUGUAUCCAGAAGAGGCAUUCAAGUGGCAGCAUGGACGACCGGCCAUCCCUCUCUGCCCGUGACUAUGUGGAGUCUCUGCACCAGAACUCCCGUGCCACCCUGCUCUAUGGCAAGAACAACGUUCUGGUUCAGCCGAGGGACGACAUGGAGGCCGUACCGGGGUAUCUGUCCCUGCACCAGACGGCUGACGUCAUGACCUUGAAGUGGACGCCCAACCAGCUGAUGAACGGGUCCGUGGGGGACCUGGACUAUGAGAAGAGCGUCUACUGGGACUAUGCCAUGACCAUCCGCUUGGAAGAGAUUGUCUACCUGCACUGCCACCAGCAAGUGGACAGCGGCGGGACGGUGGUGUUGGUCAGCCAGGACGGCAUCCAGAGGCCACCCUUCCGCUUCCCCAAGGGCGGGCACCUCCUGCAGUUCCUCUCCUGCCUGGAGAACGGGCUGCUGCCGCACGGGCAGCUGGACCCGCCCCUGUGGUCCCAGCGGGGGAAGGGCAAAGUGUUUCCUAAACUGCGCAAGCGAAGCCCUCAGGGUUCCUCUGAGUCCACGUCCUCAGACAAGGAAGACGACGAGGCCACAGACUACGUAUUCAGGAUCAUCUACCCCGGCAUGCAGUCUGAAUUCGUCCCCCAGGAUCUGAUGGAUGUCUCCGUGAGCAACCUCCCAUCCCUAUGGCAACCCAGCCCCCGGAAAUCCUCCUGCUCAUCCUGUUCACAGAGCGGCUCGGCCGAUGGCAGCUCAACCAACGGCUGCAACCACGAGAGGGCUCCCCUGAAACUUCUCUGUGACAAUAUGAAGUACCAGAUCCUUUCCAGAGCCUUCUAUGGAUGGCUUGCCUACUGCAGACACCUGUCCACCGUGAGGACCCACCUGUCAGCCCUGGUCAAUCACAUGAUCGUGUCUCCAGACUUGCCCUGUGAUGCUGGACAGGGGUUGACAGCCAGGAUCUGGGAGCAGUACCUUCAGGACAGCACAAGUUACGAGGAGCAGGAGCUGCUGCGUCUCAUCUACUAUGGGGGCAUCCAGCCCGAGAUCCGCAAGGCCGUGUGGCCCUUCCUCCUGGGCCACUACCAGUUCGGGAUGACGGAAACAGAAAGGAAGGAGGUGGACGAGCAGAUUCAUGCCUGCUACGCACAAACCAUGGCGGAGUGGCUGGGCUGCGAGGCGAUCGUGCGACAGAGGGAGCGGGAGUCCCACGCUGCAGCCCUGGCCAAGUGCUCCUCAGGGGCCAGCCUGGACAGCCACCUGCACCGGAUGAUGCACAGGGACUCCACCAUCAGCAACGAGUCCUCCCAGAGCUGCAGCUCCGGCCCCCAGAACAUCCGCCUGCACAGCGACUCCAGCAGCAGCACACAGGUGUUCGAGUCUGUGGAUGAAGUGGAGCAGGUGGAGGCUGAAGGCAGGUUGGAAGAGAAACAGCCCAAGAUCCCGAAUGGGAACCUGGUGAACGGCACUUGCUCCCCGGACUCUGGUCAUCCCUCCUCCCAUAACUUCUCCUCGGGCCUCUCGGAGCACUCGGAGCCCAGUCUGAGCACGGAAGACAGCGUCCUGGAUGCCCAGCGGAAUGUUCCCCUGGUGCUGCGACCCAGGGACAGCAGCAUGGAUGACAGGCAGAGCAGCGAGGCCACCAUUUCCCAGGACGAGGCCCCCCGUGAGGAGCUGGCCGUGCAGGACAGCCUGGAGAGUGACCUCCUCGCCAACGAGAGCAUGGACGAGUUCAUGUCCAUCACGGGCAGCAUGGACGCGGCCCUGCCCGAAAAGGACGAUGCCGUGAUGGAGGGCUGGCGGGGCAGCGAGGCGGAGAAACGCAGCCAGGUGGACAGUGAGGACAACCUGUCGGAGGAGCCUGAGAUGGAAAGUCUCUUCCCCGCCCUGGCUUCUCUGGCCGUGACCACUUCCGCCAACAACGAGGUGUCCCCUGUGUCUUCCAGCGGUGUCACCUACUCUCCGGAGCUGCUAGACCUAUACACCGUGAAUCUGCAUCGCAUCGAGAAGGAUGUGCAGAGGUGCGACCGCAACUACUGGUACUUCACACCCGCCAACUUGGAGAAGCUGCGCAACAUCAUGUGCAGCUACAUCUGGCAGCACAUUGAGAUCGGCUAUGUCCAGGGCAUGUGUGACCUUCUGGCUCCACUGCUGGUCAUUCUGGAUGAUGAGGCCCUUGCUUUCAGCUGCUUCACCGAGCUCAUGAAGAGGAUGAACCAGAACUUCCCCCACGGAGGCGCCAUGGACACGCACUUUGCAAACAUGAGGUCGCUGAUCCAGAUCCUGGACUCGGAGCUGUUUGAGCUGAUGCAUCAGAACGGGGACUACACGCACUUCUACUUCUGCUACCGCUGGUUCCUGCUGGACUUCAAGCGAGAACUCGUUUAUGAUGAUGUCUUCUCCGUCUGGGAGACCAUCUGGGCCGCCAAACACGUCUCAUCCGCCCACUACGUCCUGUUCAUCGCGCUGGCUCUGGUGGAAGUCUACCGUGACAUCAUUUUGGAGAACAACAUGGAUUUCACAGACAUCAUCAAAUUCUUUAACGAAAUGGCCGAGCGACACAACACCAAGCAAGUCCUGAAGCUGGCCCGGGACCUCGUGUACAAGGUGCAGACUCUGAUUGAGAACAAGUGAGGGCCACCUGGCCCAGGCAGCGUCAGCGAGCCACCCCCUGCCCGUCCUUCUGCCCACUUCUCUUCCCGGCCGGAGGGCCACCCCGGGAGCCGAGUCCUGGUGUCUGUUCAAGAGCGUGGAGUUCUGUGCACAGAGAAACUGCCCUGACUUUGGCCACCGGGCGGGUGGGAUCGAGGAGCCGCCCCUUGAGUUCAGCCUUACGUUUUCCUGUUUGACCAAAGAUCGCCCACCCAUGUCUGGCAUUUCUCCCUUGCGGGAGCUCGGGGAUGUUGUUGGAUGGAGGAAGCAUCUUCGUUCCUGGUCUCCGGAAUGGUCUCCUCUUCUUUCUCGAACCUUCCAAACUGUCUCGUCAGAUGAGACUUUGGGAGGGAUUUUCUUUUUUUUUUUUAAUUGGUGUAGGAGAGGUCUACGGGGCUUCCUUUGUGCUCUGAAAGGGGCCGCUGGAGAGGUUCCGGAACGUGGCUGGAAGGCUGGCUCAGGGCAGGGUCUCUCCCCCUCAGCAUUACUGACAUUUGGGGCCGGGUCAUUCUUUUUGAGGGGACUGUCCUAUGCAUUGCAGGGUGUUGAGCAGCAUCCCUGGCCUCUGCCCACAAGAUGGCAGUAGCACCAUCCCCUGUCCCCACCUGUGAUUGUGACAAAAAAGAAAUGUCUCCAGACAUUGCCAGAUGCCCCCAGCAGGGCACAGUUGCCCCCAUUGGAGAACCCCGGGCUUAGUGGAGGGCUACAAAUGUGCCUCCCUGCCCACUGUCUUUGUACGAAGCUCCCCAUGUCCUGAGACCUUCCCUCACUUAGAAAAGGCACACAGGGGUCCUCCACACAUCUCCCUUGGGGGCCAGGAUUCCUUUUGUUGUAUUUUCUCCUUUUUUCUCGUUUGUCUGAUGCUAGGAGAGACUUCCUUUCUUCUUUUCAAGAAAUGCAUCUUCCUACAGCAGUGACGGAACCAGAGAAGUGUCUGUCAGGCAUGAGAUAGUCCGAGGCUCGCUGGGGUCCACGCCCUGCUGCCUUCCUCCAAGGGGGGACCUCGCCCCUUCUUCCACGUAUGGGAUCUUGGAAAGGUGUAGGUUUGGCAAAAGCCACUUGAUCAGGGAGGCCGGCUUUUCUCUAAGCACCCUUGCUUACUCAGGAGGAAGGAGAAGGAGGAAGAGGUCGGCCAGGGUAGUGUGUGGUGUGUGUUUUCCUAAGGAAACAUCUGCUGAUGAACUGGGGCCAGGGGUGCGGCUAGGUCUGGGAACAGCCACCUCCAUGUCUUCACACAGAGGGUCACCAGUCUGCAAACAGACCCUAGACGGGCUGGUUCACUCUGUCUGCCUGUCCUUUCAGUAGAGCAGUCUUGCCAAUUCUUCUGUUCUGAGAAUGCACCCAGAAUGGGAGGACACAGUGAGUGUCAGGGAGGAAGGCUCUUCGCAGGUCACCUGCUGCCUCUAGGGCGGUGAAAGAAGGACAGCUGGGGUUUGGGAGAGGGGGGAAGACAGGGAAAGGAGCAUACUGAAGUGUUUGCAGGGGGGUGCAUUAGUCCUCCCACCCUGAACAAGCCAGGAAGCAGAAAGGGACACAGUCAACAUUCUGGCUGCCAUUAGAGUUGCAUGUCCCCACCCUCCCCCCCCACCAGCUUCCCAAGAUGGGAAGAAACGUGCAAAGGGCCCUCGGGAUAAAAGUCUUAUUUUGCCACUCAGCUGUUCCCUACAGAGGAUGUUAUUUUAGCAAGACCCAAGUCCCGGACCUUCGGGUUCUUAUUUAUUUUUUUAACAGACUAGUCUUUCAAAGUACAGCACAAGACCUCUUCUCUGCCUUCUCUUGUGGUGUUCCAGAGAGCAUUUGUGAUUGUGGUUUGGAAUAAUUCAUAUUUAUUUUGUUUAUCGUGCUUGUUCAGAUCUCUGUACAUUGUGCGUGUGUGUCUUGGAAUUGGGUGCGUGGGAGUCGUUCUGUCUAUGGAGUGCCCUCAUUUUUUUCAGUGUGGCCCACAUAUCUUGUAAAUGUUUACUGAAGAGUUGUGUCUAUAUGGAGAGAAAAUAUCUAUAAACAGAGAAAUAUGUGAA